CCUCCUCCCUCCGCUUCAAAGCCGUGCACUGCACCGCACGCCAUCGUCACCAAGAGGAAAGCGGCAAGCCUAUUCCGUCCCAUCUUCCGCCGUCCGGUUCCGCCGAACACGCCGCCAGGUCUCCUUCCGCCAGAGCACGCCACCUCGGAUCCCCCUCCCUGCUCACGUGCCCGGCGACUCGGCACCUCCGCCCUCCGCCCUCCACCGACCACCUGCCCCCCACCCCUCCUUGAACGGCGUCGAGUGGGGCAUUCAUCAUCAGGACUGGUUGGGAAGGACCAGCAUGCUCUACAGAGAAGUGUUGCAGAGCAUUAAAAGCAGUUUGGGAAGACUACAGAAAUACCAAAAAAGAUUGCCCCUUAGCUUCUGAAUCCUUCAAUCAUCUAGCCUGUAAAAGAACAAAACCAGGAGUAGCUAAAGACGACAAUCCCAACACUUUGUUGUUAUCUUUACUGACAGUAUGGCACUGAAAAAUGUGAUCCGGUUCAUUUUGGUGCUGGCCCAUGUGAUCAGUUGUCUGGCUCGAUCAGGGAACGUGUUCUUUCCUGGCUUCGUUUCAACAUCAAAGCCAUUACCAAGCUGGCCAAUUUUGAGUGCAGGAACAUCUGUAACUGUGGCUCUUGUUCUGUCGUUGUUUCUAACCUUUGAGCAUCUGUGUGCAUACCAUCAACCUGAGGAGCAAAAAUUCAUGAUUGGUCUGAUUCUGAUGGUUCCAGUAUAUGCUGUUCAAUCAUUCUUUUCAUUACUGGAUUCAAAUGUUGCAUUCAUCUGUGAACUGAUGCGUGACUGUUACGAGGCAUUUGCCAUGUAUUGUUUCGAGAGAUAUUUGAUAGCAUGCUUGGGUGGGGAGGAAAGUACCAUUAGGUUUAUGGAGGGUCGGCUCCAAAUCAGUGAGAGCUCACCUCUGCUAGAUGUUGAUUAUGAUUAUGGCAUUGUGAAGCAUCCUUUCCCAUUGAGCUGCUUUAUGAGAAAUUGGUACCUUGGUCCCGACUUCUACCAUGCUGUGAAGAUUGGUAUUGUGCAAUAUAUGAUCCUCAAACCUAUCUGUGCUGUCUUGGCAAUUUUCUUUGAACUUCUUGGAAUCUAUGGAGAAGGAAAGUUUGGGUGGAAAUACGGGUAUCCAUAUUUGGCUGUUGUCCUAAAUUUCAGCCAGACGUGGGCAUUAUAUUGUCUUAUACAGUUUUAUACUGCUACCAAGGAGAAGCUGGAACCUAUAAAGCCCCUGUCCAAGUUUCUUACUUUCAAAUCUAUUGUAUUUUUGACCUGGUGGCAGGGUGUUGCUGUUGCGUUUCUUUUCUCAACUGGGCUUUUUAAUGGACAUUUGGCACAAAGGUUUCAAACACGUAUCCAGGAUUACAUUAUAUGCCUUGAGAUGGGGGUUGCGGCAGUGGUCCAUUUAAAAGUGUUUCCAGCUAAACCUUACAGCCGUGGGGAAAGAAGUGUUCGCAAUGUUGCUGUCAUGUCUGAUUAUGCAUCACUGGGAGCUCCAGAUCCUGAAGAAAUCGGAGGAGGGAUCGACAGCUUAACAGUCUUGCAAACUCCUGCCACUAAAGACAGGCGGUUGAGUUUUUCUCAGAGUGUUCGUGAUGUUGUGUUGGGCAGCGGUGAAAUCAUGGUUGACGACGUCAAAUAUACAGUUUCCCAUGUCGUGGAGCCUAUGGAGCGGAGUUUUACAAAGAUAAAUAAGACAAUUCAUCAAAUCUCAGAAAACGUCAAGCAGCUUGAGAAGAAAAAGAGGAAGGCAAAGGAUGACAGCCAUCUUAUUCCUCUGGAACCAUGGUCAGAGGAAUUUUCAGAGGCUCAUGAUCAUGUUGUGGGCGGUAGCGUCAGUGAUAGCGGAUUAGCUAAGACAAGGUACAACAGGACCUCAAAUAGGCCCCGGAGGUCAUUCGAGUCCAGAUUGCGCAGAUGGUUCUAGCCGCAAGUCGGUGCUAGUGGGUUAAUUGAUUUUGAUUUUUGGUCAAAAGAGGGGGUUAACCUUUUAACUCCGGUGGUCUAUACAUUAUACAUUAGAGGACAUAACGAGGACAAAAUGAUAGCAAUUCUGACAACUGGUAGUUGGCACGAAGUGGAGGCAGUAGCUACUUCCUGUUGUUUAUAGCUGACCCUGGGCUCUUUCCCAUUCUGGAGGCAGUAGCUAUAUGAGUUUUUGAAGUUAGCGUCCUUGUUUAGAUCUUAGCUCUUAGGACCCUCAAAUACGGAUGUAACCCGUUGCUUCCCAGAGUUAGUGGAAAGUAGCAUGCAUUAAACUGAGACUUGUUUAGAACUUACCUUUUAGGACUGGCAAAUACGGAUGUAACCCGUUGCAUCCCAGCGUUCGUAGAAAGUAACAAGCAUUAAGCUGAGAGAUUUGUAAUACGUGUUAAACAUGGUUUCAAAUUGAAAUAAGGAAAUCAAAUCCUCCAGUGGUUUAGUGC